AUGUCCAAGAUGGACGAAGCCGCCAAUUUGGAAGACGAUGUUCAUCAUCCAUAUCUCUCUGGCAACUUUGCGCCUAUUCAGUCGUGUCUGCCCUUGACACCGUGUCGAUAUGAAGGCAUCAUACCGCCAGACCUCGCUGGAGGUCAGUAUGUCCGCAAUGGAGGCAACCCUGUUACCAAUGACGACCCAGGGCGAGCCGCGCAUUGGUUUGACGGCGAUGGCAUGCUGAGCGGUGUUCUCUUUCGCCGCGUGGGCGAGAAAUUGAACCAAGUUCAACCCGAGUUCGUGAACCAGUAUCUGCUGACGGACGUCUUUUGCUACGCCAAAGAGCAUAAAACGCUACGAAGACCGGUCUUGCCGAGCAUCGCGACACUCGUUGACCCGGCUGUCAGCAUGUUUCGCAUCAUUUUCGAAAUCUGGCGCACCAUUUUCCUCGUCUUGCUCUCGCGACUUCCUGGCUCAGGACGUUCAAUCAAGAAGAUCAGUGUUGCGAACACCAGUGUAUUGUUCCACAACGGCCGCGCGCUGGCGACGUGCGAGAGUGGGCCACCCUUGAGGUUCGCUCUGCCCAGCCUUGAGACUAUCGGCUGGUUUAACGGACGGUCUGCUGAGAAUGAGCCCAAAGCGAGCACCCAGAGCGGGUUUGGCGGGAAUGGCAUCACGUCCUUCAUGAGGGAGUGGACGACGGCGCACCCCCGUGUUGAUCCGGUUACCAAGGAACUCAUCACAUUCCAUUCGACCUUCAUCAGACCGUUCGUACGAUACUCCGUCGUACCGCCAACGUCUCCGAAGUUGGCCUCUGGUUUGGCCAUGUUCGACGUGCCGGUCCCAGGGGUAGAGUCGCCAAAGAUGAUGCACGACUUCGGCGUAUCGCGGCUACACACUGUUAUAAUGGAUCUUCCACUCUCUCUCGACCCGAUGAACCUGAUUCGCGGCGUUGCCAGCUUGUCGUACGAUUCUGCUGGGAAGUCUCGGUUUGGAAUCUUUCCACGGCAUCAGCCUGAUGCAAUCCAGUGGUUUGAGACAAAUCCGUGUACUGUCUUCCACACCGCCAAUUGCUGGGACACGAAAUCGUCACCUGCCGAACUCAAUGGCUCGCGUGUAUCGGUGAACCUACUCGCUUGCCGGCUGACCUCUGCUUCACUGGUCUUCAGCGCUGGUAAUCUACCGACGCCAGAGGUGAAACCGGUUCCGCCGGAGUACGCCGAAGAGGAGCAGUGUCGUCUCUACUACUACCAGUUCCCUCUGUCCGAUGUCGCCGGUCUCCAAUUCAACAUCCGGCACCAGUGGGCCCUUUCGGCCAUCUCCCUCGAGUUUCCCUCCGUAGCACCGGCAUACUCUAUGCAGGAGGCUCGGUAUGUGUACGGUUGCUCAACAGGCGAGGCCUCCUACACUGUUGCCCUUGGCAAAGCAGCUAAAAUCGACCACUUGGCCAAGGUCGACGUACGAACUUUGAUAGACCGUGGGAUCUCCAACCCACCACAACCAAUCAAAGGUUGCGUUGAUACACGCAGCGUGGCUCAAGUGCUAGAGAGCCAAGAUCCAGAGGAUCCAAUCAAGCUCUUCAAGAUGCCCGAGGGGUGGUACGCCCAGGAGCCAAGAUUCGUGCCUCGAGCAACACCUGACAGCGAGGAUGACGGAUGGUUAUUGACCUAUGUGUUCGACGAAUCACAGCUCGAUAGUGCAGGGUUCUGUCGUUCUGAUGCUGUGAGCGAGCUUUGGAUUAUUGACGCCAAGAGCAUGAAGGAAGUUGUGGCAAAGGUCAAGCUGCCGCAGCGUGUGCCGUACGGCCUUCACGGUACCUGGUUUAGUGAAGGCGACAUUGAGACCCAAGUACCCUUCGAAAGGACCAGGAAGAUGUCUUCGGAGGAGGAAAAGGAGGACGACAUCCGAGAGGAUGAUGACAGAGAAGAUGAGUUGGUGAGUCUGCUGGCGUUGGACUUUUUGAUACCAUAG